AUGGCCUCACAGUUCUGUUUAUUUUCAGGGCACAGCAGCUGUAUUCUGGUGGGGCAUGACUGGGGUGGCAUCCUGGCUUGGAACUUCGCAAUUCGCAAUCCAGAGAUGGCGGAGAGAUUGAUAAUCUUGAACGCGCCACAUCCAAAUUCGUUCCAAGAUUACCUGACUCCAUCCCAGCUGCUGAAGUCCAGCUAUGUAUUUUUCUUCCAAUUGCCGAAGCUUCCUGAGCUUUUCAUGUGUAUGGAUGAUUUCAAGGCCCUGAAGAGCGUAUACAUGAAUAAACAAAUGGGAAUUCAGAAUAAAAGCAGCAGGUUGACUGAAGAAGAGUUAGAGGCUUAUGUCUACAACUUCUCUAAGCCUGGAGCUCUGGUGGCCCCCCUCAACUACUAUAGGAACAUCUUCAGCCAUCUCCCAGCUAAGUGCCAUGAUGUGAUGGUGCCCACUUUGGUGAUCUGGGGUGACAAGGAUGGAGCUCUCGAAGUUGGCAUGACUGCCUAUAUGGAGCAAUACGUACAGAAUGUGUUCUGGUUGAAGGUAGUCACUGGGGCCAGUCACUGGGUCCAGCAGGACCAACCUGAUGUAGUCAAUAAACUCAUCUGGACGUUCUUGAAGGAAAGCAACAAGUAGACUCCGGAUUCCAUACACAUGUGCAUGAUGCAACUUUACAUGUGUGUCAAAUGUAAUUUGUAUACAAUUUUCGUAAAAGGAAAAAUUACUAACCAUAAAUGCGUAACUGGAAAUUUUUAUAGUAUCUUAAUUGAAUGUUAAAUGCAGCAAAUUCUGAGGUUUGUGAUGGCACAGUCACUAAGUACACUAAUUACCCAAAUAUAGCAAGCGAUCAUAUGUUCUCCUUCCAAUUUUUGUACACUUGCUGCAGGAUACUGACAAAUGCUUCAGUGAUGGGAAGAAAGAAAUUGCAAUCCUGGGGAUCCUUGACACCUGUUAGAGGUGCACACUUCACCAGGACUAGUGAUCUGCAUUCCUUUGAUAAGCUGUCAAUUAACACAAACUCCCUCCUGGCAUUGCUGUCUGCUGUUGGGUUGUGGCUUGUAGGAUAAACCAUCAGGAAAGAUGAAUUAAUCAGCCUGGGAUUAUGUGUUUCUCAUAGCUUGCCUGGAUAGCUUGAUAACCAGUGUGAUAACCAUGAAGCACCCAGUGGCCAGUGCUUUGUUCAUUCAAUGAUUGAUAAACAGAAAUGGUAUUAAGUGUGAUCAGAUCACUGAAAGGUGAAGAGACAUGAUGAUGUGAGUUGUAAGUGUGUUUUUUCACUGUUGGAUAUUGGACUUGAUCUGUAGCCACAGCUUUUAUACUGCUUUUCAACUUUGUAAUUGUUGUUUUAUUGUGAUCGUGCAAACAUUUUCUGUGUCGCAGGUAGAAAUCAUUUUGGGAAUCCAUGACUUUCCAAAGUACAGAGGAAACAAAACAAAAAAUUGUUUUGUACCAACAGAUAUUACAGAUUGUUUAGGAUGGAAUUGCUCAGCAAGUUAGAUGUUGUGCUGUUGGUUGGGAAAGCUGGGAAGAUGCAAAUAUAUAUCACCUUUCAUGACCAUUUGAUGUUAUAAAGCUCUUUACAGCCAACAAAGGGCAUUCUGAAAUGUGGUUACCAAUGCACAUAAGAAGCAUGGCAGCCAAUUUAUACACAGCCAGUUCCUUCAAACAGCAAUGGGGAUGAUCACUUCAUUUGUUUGAUGAUGUUAGUUGAUGGGCAGAUAUUGGCCACAACACUGAGCAUGAUUGUCCUGUCUGUAUUUGAAUAAUUCCAUGGGAUCACUUAUUGCACGGUGGCCUAGUAGCUAGCACAGCUACCUCACAGCGCCAGGGACCCGGGUUCGAUUCCACCCUUGGGUGACUGCCCCUGUGUGGAGUUUGCACAUUCACCCGGUGUCUGUGUGGUUUCCUCCGGGUGUUCCGGAUUCCUCCUGUGGAUCAAAGAUGUGCAGCGUAGGUGGAUUUGCUAUGCUAAAUUGCCUUAUAGUGUUCAGGAAUGUGUAGGUUAGAUGGAUUAGCCAUGGGAAAUACAGGGUUAUAGGGAUAGGGAAGGACGGUGGGUCUGGGAGGGCUUGCUCUUCAAUGGGCUGAAUGGCCUUUUUCCACACUGUAGGGAUUCUAUGAAUCUACAUUUACCCUGCAGCAAGUGGACAAAAAGUGGCAGGAGAUCGGCACUUGGUUUGAUAUUUCAUUCAAAAUAAAAUCAUUUCCAACUGAGUAGCACUAUACACAAGCACCACCCCAUACAAUUGUUCACAUUUCCAGAGAUGGACUUGAACUCAGGGUCUGCUGACUCCAGUGUGGUCAUAACAGACUGUGGAACAGGCAAUUGAAUACAGAGAGAGCGUGUUAUAAACUCUACCUUCAUCUGUAACUUCUCAAACAACACUUUUUCUUUCCUCUUGUGAGGGAUAUUUGUGGGCAGUGUUUGUGCCACAAGUGCCAGGCAAUUACCAUCUCCAACAAAAGAGAAUCCAACCAUCAACCUUUGACAUUCAGCAGCUUAUCAUUGCUGAAUUCCCCCAUCAUUAACAUCUGGGGCUCACUGUCGUCCAGUACCUAAUUGAAUAAACCAUGUAACAGUUGUAGAUACAAGACCAAGUCAGAGACUGGGAAUUCUGCAGGUAAUAACUCAUUUCCUGAAUUUGCAAACUCUGCCUCCCAUCUACAAGGCAGAAGUCACGUGUGUGGUGGGAAUACUGUACACAUGCUUGAGUGAUUGCAGCUCCAACAAGACCCAAGAAAUUCAAUAGCAUCCAGGAGCAAAUAGCCAACUUGAUUGGGACCCCAUUCAUCACCUUAAACAUCCACUCUCUCCACUUGCAGUAGUUGUGGCAGCAGUGUGUGCCAUCGACAAGACUCCUUUGACAACACCUUUCAUCUGUAAGGACAAAUGCAGCUAGCAUGCAGAGAUAUCACAACUUGCUAGUUCUCCUUCGAGUCGCACAUCAUCCAUUCACUGUCACUGGAACUCCAUACUCUAAUAACAUCAUUGUGGUUAAAGUUACACCAGCAGCCUUGGAGGCUGAGAGAAAUAUAGACAACUGAUGCACUAUGGUGGUCAUGCACAUGCUGAAAUUCCUGAUUUUAAAAAAAAAUCUUUUGUCUUUCCUUUCUAUGUUUGUUCUUUCUGUCCUGUCUGUCCAUUGCUCUGUCUCUACCUCUCUUUUGGUUCUCUCUUUCCCACUACUAUUACUCAUUCUUUUCCUGUUUUGCAGUCUGUGGCUUUUGUUACUGGCACCAACAAAAAAAAUUAACAUUUACUCCAUUUUCCCAGAACGGGGAAGGGUCACGAGACAUGAAAAGUUAGCUCUGUUUUUCUUCACAGAUGCUGCCAGACUUGCUGAACUUUUCCAGCAACUUCUGUUUUUAAUCCAUCCUUGAGUUGGCUGAGCUAUCAGGGGGCUCUUCACCUUCUAGGCAAGAGUUGAAAGUUGUGGUUUCUUCUUUUCUCUUCAGUUUUUUUGAGAUAAUCAAAAUGAUGGGUUGGAGCCAACUUCAUUCCAGCUCGAGAAGUUCUCUCCUAUCCAUAAUGUGUUUUCUUUACUCUCAAGAAUCUGUUUUGAUACCUUCUUUCUGAGAAGUUAACGCUAAUCAAAAGUCCAAUUGUCCAAUUGCAAAAGACGUAUGCUCCAGGUAAUCUGCCCUGUUUCCAUCAGAAGUCCACAACAUACUAGAAGUGGAGAGAGUGAAUGUUUAAGGAGUUCAGAAAAUUUCUCAUCACAAAUGUAGCCAGCACUGCAACCAGCAACAGUCUUUAUGAAUAGCUUUUAUUGAAACAAAAAGCACAAGGUUGUUGCCAUUUAAGGAGAGAAUGGGACAGGUGACUGAAAGCUUGAUCAAAGAGGUAUGUUCAAAAGAGAGUCUUAAAUGAGAGAAAUAAGAGAUUUUUAAGGAUGAAGGAAAGGGGGAAUACGUAAGAGGCCAGAGUAGAGGACCACAGAGUUCACCAGUUUUUAGCGUUGGUGCAGCUACUUCCCCAUGUUCAUGUUACAUUCAAAGUGUUGGCUAGAUGUUAAGCUUGUUGCAUAUGAGCAGGAUAAAUCACCAGUGCAUGCUGGCGUUCUGUGCUCAUCUGCUGUCUGGAUCACUCUGCAAAGUUGAUAAUGUGGCUAGGGAGUAGAAACAGAGUUCUUUCCAAUUCCUGCCAAGCUAUUACCUGGACUUGGAUUCAAUUCUAAGUACACAGCCCUGAAAGUUUUAGAGUGAACCUGUGUAAUAGACUGGUGCCAAUAGGGAUUGAUCUACAAACUCAAUGCACUAAGAGCUUUGAUCAUUAAUUUGGUGUUGAACAUUGUUUCAUGAUUGUAGCUCUAUUGUAGAUGCUAAAUACAGGCAGCUGAUAUGGAGCCCUGUGGAAAUUAAUGACUUGUUUGCAUUGGGAAAUGUACAACUUAUUUGAAAUAAAUGCCAGUUUUGUACCUAAAA